AUGUCGACUCAAGCUGUAUUGCAGUAUUUGCACGGAGCAGAUGUUACGGUGUCAAGGGAAAACACAUUCAGGCGAUGGUGGAUUAUGGACGCGCGGGAUUAUACUUUGGGAAAACUUGCUUCCUUAGCUUGUCGACUUAUCAUGGGCAAACACAAGCCGAUCUUUGACAGAUCACUUGUUCUUGGGGACUUUGUCAUUGUUACGAAUGCGCCUGAGAUCAAUGUCGCCAGAAAGUCACAGGAUACAAAACUUUACCGAUAUCACACUGCAGGGUACCCCGGUGGCCUCGUCGAAACCCCAUACAUGAAGAUGCUGAAAGAGAAACCUGAAGAAGUCAUCCGAAGAGCUAUUUCUGGGAUGCUUCCGAAGAACAACUUGAGGAAAGAAAGGAUGAAACUGCUGAGGGUUUUCCGUACCAGCGAGCACCCACACCUUGCGGAAGAACCGACGAUAGUCCGAGCAGACUUGUUCGAGGUACUCGAUCAACUUCCAUCCUGUUCUCUCCCUUGCCUCGAUUGCAUCCUCUCUCUCUCGCGUCAGAUCUUCUCAUAG